AUGGCCGAUCUACCUCCCCUCGCCCCAGUUCCACCACCCGUGGUCCGGACUACGCUACAACAGGCCGAGUGGGAAGCAUGUAUAGAUGCAUGGACGGUGCUUCUUGGGGUCCGGAUAGAUGUUCCAGCAAAGAUAUUCCAAGAUGUUGCUUCCAAGGAUGAAUCUACUGUUUUGUUUCUCCUCUCAUUCUACGACCAACUGGCCACCUCGGGAGAGGCAGGUCUGAAACUGGGGUCAAAAGGACGAACACUUCGAAAGCUAUCUUUCCUGCUUACAAGACGGAUAUUACUUGAUCUAUCUUCACCACCGGCAGACUUACUCGCUUGGGACUUCCUGGGCAACCUUUGCUGUUGUUAUCCGUCCAGUGCUGCCUUGAAACGCUUACUAUCAGAUGCAUGGAAUAAAAGCCAUGAGACCAUCACAGCCAGCGUUGAGAAGGCGAAAUCAUCAAUCAUCAAAAAACUCAUGAACAAUAAGACCGCUGAAACCCCCGCUGUCAACGCGGACAUCCGCACUUUGACGAUUCUGGCUUCGACCUUGCCCGCAUGUGGCCAGGUGCUUAUGGCGGGUUCUGACUACCUUGAUACCCUCUCAGAUGUAUAUCAAGCAUACCCCAGAGAGACUCUGCGGAGGGUUCUCGUGGCUAAUGUUUACGUUGGGUUAACAUCAUUACUGAAAUCGAAGCCGAAUCUGUCCUCUCUCUUGGAUCAACUGUUUGGUCUAAAGGCGACUGCGGGGGUUGGCACGGUAAAGACGAGAAAAGAGCCUACGCUGCUCUCUGAUUUGGUUUGCAGUUCUGAUUUGCUUGCUCGUCUGGAGAAACAUCUCAGAGACCACCCGCAGAAACGCGGGGAAGAUCUGGUAUCCAGUCUGCGAACAUAUCAGACAGAGUCGAGGGUGUUCCAUCAUCGCUAUCAAAAGAAGAAAAAGACAGUCGAGAAAGGCAAGGGCCGUGACGUACCUGUAUCUGGUGGCGAACUACACGCGCACAGGAUGUCCCUCGUCACGCAGAUCCAGGAUCUCUUCCCAGACCUGGGAUCCGGAUAUGUCACCCGACUACUAGACUUCUAUGGUGAUAACCCUGAAACAGUGGUUGCACACCUCCUCGACUUUUCUCUCCCUCCUGAACUCCAAUCCCUCGACAAAUCUGAAGACCUAUCCAUUCCACAAUCCAUCAUCAACCCGGAUCAUAUGGCACCAAAGUCACCACCUUCUGAAAUCGCUGAACCAGAUGAAUCAUUCGCACGCAAGAAUAUCUUCGACAAUGACGUCGACCUCGCAGAACUUGCCCAGUCAAACGACCCCAACGCCCGCAACAAACUUCGCUUCGGCCGCGAAGACAACCUCACAGCCGACGACGUCCUGGCAGACCGCUCCAAGCACGCCGCUAAUAAGGCCGCUAUCAUCUCCGCCCUGGCGACCUUUGACUCUGACGAAGAUGAACGCGAUGACACGUAUGACACCGCUGACGUGGGUGGUACCGUUGACACCGUCCCGGCCAGCACAGACGCCGAGGCAGAAGCGCAAAACCGUCGCGCCACAGCCGAGGAUCUGGACGUCUCCCUGUUUAAAUCUUACAAGUCCAACCCCGGUCUGUUUGCACGCGACGCAGCCACCCGCCGCUCACAGCCACGGACGUCGCUUAAGGGCGAAACGGGCAUGACUGAUGAGGCAAUCGAGGGAUGGGCGGUUAUGUUGCAGCGCGAUCCGAAGCGUCUUUCAAAACUCGAAGACAGACUUGCGCUUUCUGCUGGAACACCUGGCGGAGCUAUCGCGCAGCCUGAAUUACCAUCGACAUCAUAUAGGAGACCCCGUGCUGAUGAGGAGUCGGAAGAGAGUGAUGCGCAUGGCGGCUAUGGCGGCAGAGGCCGAGGACGCGGCCGUGGAGGGCCAAGGGGCGGACGUGGUCGCGGUAGAGGUGGUGGUAGAGGUGGUGGUGCUUCUGGGGAGCAGAAUACGGCUGCUGCGAGACAGAGGAAGGAAGAGAAUAAGGGCAGUAGAGCGAAUCACAAUCGGAGGCAGCAGAGGGCUAAGAAGAUUGCGAGAGGUGGCGGCUUGCCUGGGUGA